CAGCAGCACUGCGGCCGCUGUGUAAUCAGGCGGCUCCAGGGCUGAGGCGCACCGAGCCACACAGCGCGCAGCUCAGUGAUAAGGCUCCUUGGAAGAAGAGCAGCGCAAACUACCCUCCAGACCUGCCACGUUAUUUCAGCUGCACUUUGAGGACGCACCACAAACUGGAUUUUAACCGAUUCCGUUUGAGAGCAAUCCUUGGAAUAAUCUCCAUUUCACGCACUUCACGCAUCUCCCUGGACGGUGGGGUUUCCUUUGUGAAUUCUGGACCCUCUCUGGCGUAGAAAUGUGCGUGAAUCUUCCCUUUGCUGAAUUUCUUUCUCUCGAGUUGCGCCUGUAGCCCGGAGCGCACACUUUUGGCGCAAGGUGCAGGUCGGAGAGAAAAAAAAAGUUGGAAGUGUCUUAUCAUUCUGCGUGCAGGAACUUUUUUUAUUUUUUUUAAAAGUCUCCCACACGUGAGGUGCCUCUGACCCGAGCUUCUCCUCCUCGUGCCUCGGACACCUCCGGCCCGGUGGACGCGAUCCACGCGUAAAGGCGCGCGCAGUGCAGAGGACAGGGAGACUCUCGCGCCUCCAUAAAUGCCCGGUCCGUCAGAGAGGCUCGAGGCUGGGCAGCAGGAUGAGCGCGUGGGUACAGCUCGUGUUGCUGGCGGCGUGUCUGCGGUUCGGAGUGGCCGAGGGGGAGCCUCUGCCUGCAGCCCUGGUGGAGCUGGUUAGAAACAGCCCCAUCUCGUCCAUAGAGGACCUCCAGCUGCUGCUGCUCUCUGACUCCGUAGAUGAGGAGGACGGGACCUCUGCAGUCAGCGGAGGUCACAGACUACCAAGGAGCCUCGACGCCCAGCCGGCCCAGCAGGCUCUGUGUAAAGUCCGCACAGAGGUGGUGGAGGUCACCAGGGCCAUGUUGGAUCGUAGCAAUGCUAACUUCAUGUUAUGGCCGCCCUGCGUCGAGGUGCAGCGCUGCUCUGGCUGCUGCAACACCAAGAGCCUGCACUGCGUCCCUGUGGUCACACACACCAGAUACCUGCAGGUGAUGAAGAUCGAAUACAUUAAUAAAAGACCCACUUACACUAAAGCGGUGGUGUCCGUGCUGGAUCAUGUGGAGUGCCGGUGUCAGCCCGCUCCUCGAGCCCCAGCGCCCAGGAAGAAAUCAUCACGCCGGCAACACAGCCACCAACAUCGGAACCAGACACUCGGCCAAGAACACGGACAGGCUAAGACUCAGUCCAAGGACGAGCUGCAUCAGUGGGAUGAGCUGAAGCAGAACCAGAGGGCCCGUCUGGAGGAGCUGCUGGAGCAGCACUGGAGCCCCAGAGGAGACACCUUCACUCAGCCUGGGGAAGGCUACAGUCUGGCUGGGGACGACACGUCUCGGUCCGCUGGAGAGGCGGUUCUCUUGGUUCCACACUGGACUCAUAACUCCAGCAGGCUCCACGGGACAGAAGAGAACCCGGAGAACGUGGAGAGGGAGCACGGUCGGGUUGCAGACGAGGAGAAGACAGUUUCCUCAGUGGAUAACGUUGGUGUCGAGGUGAAGAACACGUCGGUAGAAGGUGGGAGUAGGUCACUGCUCGACAGCACUGAGGGAAAAGUCAAUGAGGGAAACGGGAGCAGAGACAAAGGCACACAAGUCCCAUUAUUACAAGAAGACAAAUCCAAAUUUACAAAAGAUCACAGGGGAGGUGUCUCACAACCUGUUACUGAAAAUCCUCGAGUCAAACUCAGCCCGACCGAGGGAACCAAUAGCGAAAGACGUGGGAACAGAAUGCGGCCGACGAAGGAGCCAAAUCCGGAGCCUCGAGAGCUGGCGAGGCGGAGAGACAACGACACUCCAGAGGAAGAGAGGAUAUUGCAGAUUGAAGAGGCAAAACUGGAGGAGGAGAGGAAAGAGCUUCUUCUCCUCCAAAGGAGGUUGGACCAGGAGAAGGAGAUCCUGAGACAGCAGCAGAUGAGGCGAGAGGAGGAGGAGAGGCAGAGAGAAAAGGGGACAGACAGUCGACAUAACCUGAGUGGUAAACAUCAGCAUCAUCUGCAAACAACGACACAGAAACCAGAGACGACAACGUCUACGACCACACGACCGCCCUCUGCUCCAGCGGGCCCCAGACCUCCAGCUCGUCCCAACCACACGAAGAGGAGGAUGAGGAAGAAUCGCAAACGCAUCAGCAAGGCAGCUAUGAGAGCGAUGCUAAUGUAGAACUACAGUCAACCCAGGGACACAGUGUGAACUUGGUGUAUUUUGUGGAUAAUCCAGAGGUGACGCAGAGCGACUCCCUUCAUUUAAGUAUUUAUUCCUUCAUUCAGUAACCUGCUCGUCCUGUGAGGUCUCCUCCGUAACACUACUAAUGACUGACCGGUCAACCUGUAAGAACGCCUGGAUGGAGUCAGAGGAACGUGGAAUAUAAACAAAAGGUUUCUUCUUGAAGAGAACACUUUGCCUCUACGACCACAGCUGCCGGUGGCGCCCGAGGUUCGGAGGACCCGGACGACUGAAACGACACCGCUGUGGAUAAAAGUGCGUUUUCAGAACUCUCCUUGGAACCAUGUCUUGAUAUCAAAAGAGAGAAACUGCACUUAUGGAUGGACAAAGCUGAGUCUGUGCAGGAUUUGAAUGACAAAUGUUUGUUGGACGUCAAAACUCUUCAGUGUCAAGAAAGACUCCAUUGUAAAGUAAGAGACAAUCAUUCAAUGGACUGCAAUGACAAACUAAUGCUGACUGAAAUCACCAGUAUCUCCACGUGUGAUCACAUGUGUUGGGACUCAGUGUUGACCAUGUUGGGGAGAUGAAGCCGUGUGGAUUCGCCGACUAAGGCCUGAUAUCAUUUAUUAGCUCAUUAAAAAACAGUGAUGCUCUGUCUUUAACCAUAUUUAAUUAUAUUUAACUCACUGCAAACACUGGAAUUACACAGAUGUGAUUUGAGAACCAAAACACGAAGCGUCCGGUGUUUCCAAAUCUCCUCACGGGUGAAAGAAAAGAAGAUGGAGGUGCUAUAGGGACGGGAGGUGAUGGCGUCCCACCUGAGGCCUGACCCUGUGCUAGGAUUCUUAUUUAUUUGUGGAUUAAUUCUGUAGAAAUACUGCAAACAAAUUGUCGUCGAGGCUCAUUUCACGAUGUUUGGGUGUUUCCAUCAGAAACAAUGAAAAAAACCUCCCAGUACCAAGCAGUGUUGAACCUGUCGAAACAAGUGUGUGCAUGUGUUGUUGUGUACAUGUGUGUAUUGUAGCUACACUUCUGUGACGCACCUCGAUACUCACGUAGAAGCAUUUACAACAUCUGUAGUAAACUCUCUCUCCAAUAGAGAGACGUCUUUCUUUUAGGAUUUUAAGAUCAUCUUCGCCGAUAACACAUAGACUUUGUAUAAAGAUGGAGGACGUUCCCCAAAAGUGAAGCCAAACAGCCUUGAUCGCCCUCUAAUGGCCGGCUGUGGUGUAGGUUAGAAGUCCCAGCUCCUCCAUGUAAGUGGAUGAGACAUGGAGGAUCCAAAGAGUCAAACUACACAUCAAAUAGAUUUAUCUCAAAGAUGGUAUCUCAGUGCUAAUUGUCCAGUAAGUUUGGUUUAAAUUUUCGUUUUUUGAUGCUGAGGCUGAGAAUCCCUAGCAAAACUGCCCCCCCCCCCCCCCGAUCGCUGGCUCUCAGACUCGGGCUCGACAAGAUGGUGGCGUUCACGUCUGGCGUAUUUUGGCUUCAUUUCUGGAAAGUGGGAGGAGAUGGAAAUGUGUCGUCCAUCUCUAUCUAGUAAUCUUCAGUGCACUUACCUUUUAAAGUAGAAAAUAGUUUGGGAAAGCAUGAGAUUAAAUUCAGCGAGGCGGACUGGUGGGGGGGAUGUCGG